UGCCCAUGUGUUUUAAAUUUUGUAAAUACGGUACUGAGUUUCUACAGAUUUUCAAUGUUUUACUAUCGUUAGUAUUAAAAAAUGAAGAACAAAACGACACGGUAUUUUCAAAAUAAUGAUGAUGAAGAGAAACCAAGCCAAGAUUCCAGCGAGGUUAAAGUUUAUAAUGUAAAAGUUACGCCACGUUUAUUAAAGUCUCAAAAUAUAAAGGAAAGUAUACGUGAAACAAAAAAGAAUGUUAUCAAGAAGAAGAAGCAGUUAUAUCCUGGCAAGGCUCCAAUCAGUAAAACGAAGCUGGAGCAACAUUCUCGGGGCGAGGGAGUCACUGGAAAAGGUGUAAGACAUCCGCUAUAUGAACUAAAAUUGAAAAAGAAAGAAAAGUAUCAUGCCUUCGCGCAAAAGCAAGCUGCUAGAGCUGACAUUCUAUAUGGAGAGGACCAAGGGUUUUUAGAGGUUGAUGAAGACAACAGAACCACUGCAAUAACACAAGAUCUAAUUAAGGAUAACGUGGACAUCACUGCAGCCACUAAGGUGUUUGAAUUGAAUCUAGAAUUUGGACCAUAUAGGGCCAAAUACUCCAGGAACGGCAGACAUUUACUAUUAGGGAGCAAGAAGGGCCAUUUAGCAGCAUUUGACUGGGUUACAAAGAAACUACAUUUUGAAAUGAAUGUCAUGGAAUCUAUACAUGAUAUUAGCUGGUUACACAUAGAGACAAUGGUUGCAGCAGCGCAGAAGGAGUGGUUAUAUAUCUAUGACAACACUGGCACAGAACUUCAUUGUCUUAAAAGAAUGGACAAAAUACUGAGGAUGGAAUUUCUACCUUAUCACUUUUUGUUAGCUGCUGUUAAUGAAUAUGGCUUCAUGACUUGGCUGGAUAUAUCAAUAGGUGAAAUUGUCGGCCACUACAACAAUGGGCUAGGACGAACAUCAGUGAUGGCCCAGAACCCAUACAAUGCAACUAUAUGUUUAGGAAAUUCAAAGGGAGUUGUAUCACUAUGGGCUCCAAGUGUGAAAAAACCUCUGGCAAAGAUCCUUUGCCACAAAACACCUUUGACUGGAUUAGCUGUUGAUAGUAAGGGAAUGUAUAUGGCAACUUCAGGGGUUGACAGGAGUAUGAAAAUAUGGGAUAUAAGAAAUCUUGAUGGACCAAUACAGCAUUACAAGUUACGGAGUGCUCCAAAUGUACUUGAGUUCUCCCAAAAAGACAUGUUGGCAGUUGGUCUUGAUAAUACUAUAGAGAUAUAUAGUAAUUGUUGUACACAAUCAGCAGACAAAUCCUAUGUAAGGCAUAGAAUGUCGAAAUCAAUAAACAACUUUAAAUUCUGUCCGUAUGAAGAUGUUUUGGGUAUUGGAACUUCUAAUGGAUUUACCAGCAUUAUAGUUCCAGGAAGCGGAGAACCCAACUUUGACGCCCUCGAAAGCAAUCCAUAUCAGACAAAGACACAACGAAAGGAGGCAGAAGUCAAGGCCCUGUUGGACAAAAUACCCGCAGAGCUUAUUACACUCAAUCCAUUUGAUGUUAUGGAAGUUGACGUACCCUCACUACAGGCCAGAGCACAAGCGAAAAAGAAAUUACGGCAUGUUAAACCUCAGAAGGUUGAUGUUACGCCACGUAAGAAGAAAAAGGGCAAGACAAAUAUAGCUAGAAAGAAGAUUAUCAAAGAAGCAUCAAGAAAGGAAAUAAUAUCAGAAAUGAUAGAAGCCAAGAAAUCAGAAGAAAAAGAGAAGCCAAGUAAACCAAAACAAUCGUUUGGAGUACUAGACCGUUUUGUUCCUCAACCAAAAACAAAAAAAUAAACAAUUAAGAAUAA